AUGAAUUACAUCAAGUCGACGGUCAACACUCUUCGCGAUCGCUACACGCCGGUAACGCACACGUCCACGUUCCGGCAGACCGGGCAGAUCACACCAGAGGAGUUCCUCGCAGCAGGUGACUACUUGGUGUACAAGUUCCCUACGUGGUCGUGGGCGGAUGCCGAUUCUGAGGCGCGCCGGGUGUCGUACCUCCCGGCCGGAAAGCAGUUUCUCGUGACGCGCAAUGUUCCUUGCCAUCGUCGCCUAGACGACGACUUCGCCGGCGACGCGGGCCACGAGGAGUCCCUCGUCAAGGACGGCGACGACUUCUCCAGCAAGAAAGGUGCCAGGGGCGCGGGUGCCGAUGGCGGCGGCGGCGGCGGCGGCGUCGACGAUGACGACGACGGCUGGCUGCGCACGGGCGGUCUGGCCAGCUCCCAGCCGCUCAAGGCGAAGCAGGUGCGCACCGUGGACGAUGCCGGCAACGCCGAGAGGGUGGACAACACAGACGACGACGACGACGACAUCCCCGACAUGGAGGACGAGGAGGACGACGACGACGCCAUCAUCCGCGACCCGGCCGCCGACUCGGCCGCCACCGCCCGCCGCACCUACACCCUGUACAUCAUGUACACGCCCUACUACCGCACCCCGCGCCUCUACCUGUCCGGGUACAGGCCCGACGGGCAGCCCCUCGCCCCGCACGCCAUGAUGGACGACAUCGUCGGCGACUACAAGGACAAGACCGUCACCCUCGAAGACUUCCCCUUCUUCGCCAACAACGUCAAGAUGGCAUCGGUGCACCCCUGCAAGCACGCCCCCGUCAUGAAGACCCUGCUCGACCGGGCCGACGCCGCCCUGCGCAUCCGACGCGACAAGCUCCGCUCCGGCCAGGUAGCCGCCUCGUCGGUCGCCGUCGCCGGCAUGGAGGGCCUCGUUGACGAGAUCGAUCGACUCGACGUCCGUGGCGCCCAGGAGGCUGCCGACAAGGACGAGUGGGAGGAAGUCAAUGAGGGAGAGGCUGACGACAAUGAUGUUGCCAUCCGUGUUGAUCAGUAUCUCGUCGUCUUUCUCAAGUUCAUGGCCAGCGUGACUCCCGGAAUCGAGCACGACUUCACCAUGGGUGUUUGA